AAAAAUACCAGAUGUGAUUGUCUCUUGUUGACAGCUGGUGAAAGUCAAAUUACCUCGUAGAUAUUUACUUUACAAUGAAUCAAAUGAUUGUACCAGUCAUUGUAAUAGUUAUGGUUGCUAAUUCAAGAGUUCUGUGCCAAAAUGCCGAGAGAAAUAAAGGAGAUAUCAAUUUUGACGGAUACCUUCGUUACCACGAAAUGCAAGAUUAUCUUCGUAAACUAAACCGCACGUACCCCAAAAUUGUUUGUGUCAAAAAUUUUGGACUGUCAGUGGAGAACCGCAAUCUUACCUCGAUUAAAAUUCAAACAAUUGGAAAUUACAAAAAACCUUUAAUAUUUAUGGAUGCGGGGAUGCACGCAAGGGAGUGGCUUGGUCCGGCUCAAGCUCUUUACAUAAUCAAUCAAUUGGUAGAGGAUCCAAAAAAUUCCAAAUUAAUAAAAAAAGUAGAUUGGUUAAUUGUACCUCUGGUAAAUCCCGAUGGAUAUGAAUAUUCACAUACUGUCGAUCGAUUGUGGAGAAAGAAUAGAGCAAAGGGAAGGAUAUGUGAUGGAGUUGACUUGAAUCGAAACUUCAACUAUCAAUGGUCCCAACCUGGUGCGAGCAGUAGUGAAUGUUCUAAUUAUUUUGCUGGUGUACGUCCUUUUUCUGAACCAGAAAGCUUAGCGUUAAGUAAGCUGAUAACGGAAAAUGCUAAUCGUAUUAAAAUGUAUAUAAGCCUCCACGCUGCUGCAAAGUCAAUCUUAUAUCCUUGGGGUUACACUACUGAUUUGCCAACUAAUGGAAAAGAACUCCAUAAAUUAGCUGAAAGAUUCUCCGAAGCCGUUUUCAGAGUAAAUUCAACUCAAUAUAAGGUAGGCAGCGCAGCAAACGUCCUUUACAUAGGAUCUGGUACAAGCCGUGAUUGGGUGUAUGGAUAUGGAAAUGUCUCACUAUCUUACACCAUUGAAUUAAAAGGUUUUGAUGGUCUUACGCUUGAAAGUCGAUUUCAAAUACCCAAAGAAAAUAUUUCAAAUGCACUGACUGAAACGUUUGAAGGAUUAAAAACACUUCACGUUUAUGUUGAACGAAGAUAUAGCUUUUAAUAAUAACACUGUGUCUCUGGAGGGGCUUGAAAAUUCCAAUGGGUAAAUCCAUAUACGCUGCAUUUUAUAUCAAUUUCGGUGAACACUACACCUUUACACCUUACCAAAAUAAAGUGUUUAAUACGUUUCUACUAAA